ACUCGGAUCGGAUCUUGAAAAAACCCCGAUCGGGACAUCCCAAAUUAUAACCAGAUGUUUUCAUGUCAGAGGUCUCCUUUUCUAUCAUUUGUCCAACAGGAAAGUAUUGACAACUUUUAAUGAAUCCUUUUUUUAACAGAGCAUCCAGUUAACUACAAGUGGAGCAACAAACAAAUAUAUUGACAAAGGUCACCUCUGAACAGUCUACAUUUAAGUCAACAUUGGUCAUUAAUCUGUAGAUAGUUUAAAGCAGAUAAUCUUUUUUUUCUUUGUGUUUGCUGGUCCAGGAGAGUGAGAGAGAGGCGGAGAGAAGCUGACUCCCUGUUAAAUCCAUCUGCAUUUCCUCUGAGGUCCCCAGUGAUGUUGUGGAAAAUGGAAAGUGUGUUCCUGUCCCAGCUUUUCUCGAGACAGGGAUCUGGACUCCUGGCUGCAUCUAUCCCAGCUCCAGCACACCAUGGGCAGCCUGAGCUUGAGCCACUGGCCCCUGAUCCUGGUCUACAUGCUUCUGUUGCAAAUUCAGUCGGAUAAGGUGCAGGGAGUCGAUCCUGUGUCCCAGAAACUACGACGUCUCACUGAGCAGUUCCAGCAAUUCCAGGCACUCACCCAGGCCCGCUUGGACAUGCUGGCCCUGAACCAGAACAGAAACUCCUCGGGAGAGCUUGGGAGCCGUGUUCAGGCCCUGAGUGACAACUUGCACCACAUGUCACAAGAGCUUGAUCACCUCAGGCAGAGCACAACUCAGGAGACUGAAGGUCUCAGAGAGUGGAGCAGGAAGCUCGAGAAGAGGAGUAAGCGGACCGAGGGUCGUAUGUCUUUGAUGGAAAGGACAAUAAGGGAGAACCGCCGCCAUGCUCAGAAACAGAAGCCUGAUCCUGAUCAGGACUUCUCCAACCUCACCCUGGAGCUCCAGAGCCAAGAGGAAAGGCUGGCUGCCCUUCAGGCCCAGCGUGACGAGCUGCUCAUUGGCCUAAAAGGGUUGCAGGAAUCCAUGAAAAGUCAGGCACUCCGUGUGACCCGACUAGAGGGCCAACUGGAGGAGGUCCUGCAGCUAAAUGGAGGAGGGAAACCCAGGGGGUUGUGGAGGGUGGGAGAGCCCCUUAACUCUGACAUCACACCUCAGGAAUACUAUGAACCACGCAGGCGAAGCCAGACACAUAGAAGAGGAAAGACUGUAAGGAUUCUGGAAGUGCAUCCCCAACCCAGACAGGAAGGGAUCAGCUAUUCCCAAACGGGCACAGCUCAGACCAGAAUCCCCCAACAGCCCCAUCAAUACCAGGCAGCACCAAACCAGCCAAAACAUUCAUUGACCCUGGAGCAGACACCCACAGAUUACCUCCCCCAGCCUGAGUCUUACCGUCCCCAGUCACAGAUCCAAAAGCCGGCCCAGACAAGACCUUAUCCUGUCCAGGAGGAGGCUGCGCCUUAUCCUAAAGCCCAUAUCCAACCCCAGCUCCAACAGCUAUCUCAGGCUCAAUUGUAUCAUCAGAGACACCAUCAGUUACACAACACAAGUUCCUCUCGGCCCCAGCCGCUCUACCAGGCUCCGACCCAUCCUGAACCCGCCAAAGAAAGACUGGGCAGGACCCGCCCGGAGGCUCCACAGCCCCGGACUUCAGAGGCUCUCCCCCGGCCACAGUCUGAGUCUUAUCAGCCCAGCCCUGUGAGCACAUGGGCUGAAGGAGACAAGGAAGACAGCAACACAGAGGUGGAGUCUUCAGUGAUCCAUAACCUCCUCCAGCUUCCGGUGAGACAGAAGAUCCCUGCACAACCAGUUCGCAAAAAGCAUGCAACCAUCUGUAACGUGGACUCCAUGCUGUUGUUCCCGUCGGCCUCAGCGGAGAACUACGUCACCUUCUCUUCGACUCUUCCCGACCUUCCUGAACUCUCUGUGUGUCUGUGGCUCCGUGUGGAGGCCUCACAUGUCGGCACACUGCUCUCUUAUGCUACAGAUGACAACGAUAACCAGUUGGUUCUGUAUGGGCGCAACUCCUCCGACUCAUCUUCAUCCUCCUCUGCCUCUCCCUCACCUUCCCGCCCGUCCUACCACUCCUCUCCAUUCUCACCAUCUUCCUAUGCCUCUUCUUCCUCCCGCUCCCUGGACUUUGUCAUUGGAGACCCUGUCCAUCGGCGUCUCCCUGUGUCCUCCAUCCUGGAUGCCCGCUGGCACCACCUCUGCGUUGUGUGGUCCUCCAUCCAGGGACGUUUCUGGUACUACAGUGACCGACGCCUCACCUCCUCAGGCUCCAACUUCAGGAAGGGCUGGGAGAUUCCCGGAGGUGGAUCGGUGGUGCUGGGCCAGGAGCAGGACACUGUUGGUGGAGGGUUUGACCCUACUGAGGGUUUUGCUGGGCAGGUGGCAGGGUUCAGAAUGUGGAACCGGGUGCUGAGUCCCUCAGAGGUGGUAGGGGUAGCAGAAGGAAGAGGUGUGCCCAGAGGGGUGGUGCUGGGCAUGGAGGACAUAGAGGAGGUGCGUGGGGAGGUGCAGCAGGUGGCAUGUGAAUGUUUAGAGCGCUGCCUGUAAGUUACAUUCCAAAACAUAAUUUCUGCAGAGAAUGUUAAUUGUCUCUUGCUGAAAAAGGGUCAAAUAUAAACUUUAAUUUCUUUAGAUUUUAUUCACUUUCUGUAAUUGUCACUUUUUCUUAUCUUACCUAAUAACCUGAGGCACAUUCCAUCUGAUCUAUAACAGAUUCAAUACUAUGGGUUGUACAAUAAAACAGCCUAUAAUUAUUGCUAUAUAUACAUUUUUCAGUGAUGCUGCUCCUUCUUUUCUGUUUAUGGCAUUUCAAUAACAGAUAUAAAUGUCCUUUUUGGAUUGUCAAAAAAUGUACAAUGCUUAUUUUUAUAUGAACAAAAAUAUAAAAACUCAUCAUUGGCUUGUUUUAUCAUUUUAUUGGGUGCAUAAGUACAGCAAAGUUUAAAUUGUGCACAAUCUGGAGGACAAAAUUAAUUACUUUUUGCUGUGAACCAGCCUCAGGCCCUCAGUGAAUAAAAAGGCCUGAUAAAGUCAGAAUGGAAUCAUUUCUUUUUCUA